GUGGGUCCCUGCCCCUGCCCCUGCUCCCGCUCCCCGCGCCGGGGCGAUGCGGGCUCACUCCCAUCCCGCCGCGAUGUGCGGCCGCCUCCGGCUCCUGGCGCUGCUGCUGGCGCUGCUGCCCGGCGCGGGCGGUGAGUGCGGGCCCCCGCCCCCGGUGCGCGGCGCCCGCCCCGCCGACCCCGCCACCAGCUUCCCCGAGGGCGCGUCCGUGACCUACGAGUGCCUGGCCGGGCUGCACAAGCUGCCCGGCAUGGUGCAGACGCGGCUGUGCCUGCGCGGCUCCACCUGGUCCCCGCUGGAGCCCUUCUGCGACCGAAGCUGUAGCAGCCCAGCGAGGGCCAGGUUUGCUCAGCUGUCAGAGGAGGACGAGAGAAAGAGCUUCUACCCUGUUGGGAGCACCGUGCGUUAUAUCUGUCGCCCCGGGUAUGAGAAUGUCACUGCAACGCAGCCAACCAGUACUUGUCUUGAAAAUGUAACCUGGUCAGAUAUCCCCGAGUUGUGUAAAAGGAAAUCUUGCGGUGCUCCAAAAGGACCAGAACAUGGCAGAGCUGCUGUUAUAACAGACUUUCUCUUUGGUGCCAGGAUGAACAUAAUUUGUGACCCAGGGUACCAGUUAAUCGGGCGGCCGUCCAUCAGUUGUCGGUUGAAAGGAAAUCAAGUUGCGUGGAGUGAUCUUCCAACCUGCCAAAUCAUGGCAACACAACCUGCUACUUCCACAAGUGACCCCCCGGGACGAGCAGACGUGGGUGUUAAUUCCACAGCAGUCAUGACAACACGACCUGCUACUCCCAAGAGUAACCCCCCAGGACGAGCAGACGUGGGUGUUAAUUCCACAGUCAUGGCAACACUUCCUGCUACUCCCACGAGUGACCCCCCAGGACGAGCAGACAUGGGUGUUAAUUCCACAGAUAAUUCACUCCAGACAACGCCUGGGAACUUUACUGAACGUCACAAUGAAGAUCCCCGAAAUAGUGCUGCUAUUCUGAGUAUUGGACUUUUUGGGUCAAUUGUUGUAAUUGUAACGCCUGUUGGAAUUAUUGCAGCUAAUAAUAAGAAAAAGAAACGAGGACGAAGACUAAGAACAGAUCCCUGGAUCCCAGCAGGUACGGGAUGUGCUGCAGACACAGGAUCAGUCUCCCGCCCCAGAAAACCGACUAUUACCUGGGAGUUACACCCUUGUGAAAGACUGGAACGAGGAACCACUUUGAGCCAGACGGAAGGGCCCAUAUAGGGUGCUUUUGACUACCCCGACGGCAGCAAAGCUCGAAGGAAUCAAGACUUGGAUACAUUCCAGUCGCCUAAAGCUGGUGGCUGAACCAGAACAAGAAGGAACCCGGGACUGGAGACAGAGAACAGUGGAAAGUGGAGCCAAUAAGAGACUUAAAAUUCCUAUUCAGAAGAAAGGAACUUUAAAUAAUUUGUCAAUAUUUGAUCAAGUUUUUGUUGUAAAGGGUUUUGUGUUAUAGGGAUUAUGGUUUGUUGCUGUAUCCAAUGCUUACCUGUUUUUAUAUCUAUCUUCAGGCCUAAGGUGAAUCAAAUGAUUUUACAAACAAAGAAAGCUGAUGAUACUAGAUUUUUGUUAAGCCAAAUUGAUUGGAGCAAUCAUAAUAAUAAUUAAAAAUGCUCCAGAGCGGGGAAUGUAAGGAGCGACCUAGAAACCACUACUCAGAGACAAAGCAAAAGAGAAUGUUAUGAGACGAAUGCCCAUCUACGAUGAUAAGGAGGGGACAGUCCUAGAUAAAGGGGGCUUGAAAACAAAAGCAGAAGCCAGGGUACUGGGUUAAAGAGCUCAUUAAAAUACUAAAAAUCAUAGCCCUAGGUGGGGAAAAAGUAUGCUAAUGAAACAUACAUGUAUGUAAAUGAGAUACAUGGCUAAAACACAGGUAUAGAGACAUGCUCAGUAAAGAACUUCUUGCUUCACUCCUUACAACCAAUCAGCAAACAAAUACGCUGGUGAGAACUUGAAAACUCCUGUAUAAAAGAUGCUUAGUGGUAGUGAUCUAGUGUGCUUGUUACGUGAAAUUAUUCCGCUCGCACCUUUUAUUGCUAGCAAUAAACCUUCUUUAUACUUUCA